AUGCUGUCCCUUAACUCGUACAACUUUUCUAACGGCGCCGCCGCGGCCUCCUUUUCUUUGCCGCUCAUGGAUUGCACGAGCGCUAUUCAUAACUCGGACAACAUUCAAAAAGGUGCGUCAUACUUUAGCACGGGAAAGAAGGCCGCCACCAUAACGGUUAUGGGACAGCUUAAGGAAUCAAUGCUUGCUAUUGAAGAAACGCAGCCGCCUGGGAUUUCGUUAAAACGCACCAAUAAUCCAUACGCACGUAAGUUGGCAGAUGGUACCCCAUGCGUCCCCAGGUCUCCACUUUCCGCGGAAAUGAGCUUUAUGAUGUCAUACAAGGAGGUGGAGGGUAAAGGCCUGAACGCGGUGCUGCCGACAUCCAACACGCCACGCAUGGUGACAACGGUAGCACAAAACAAUUCCAAUUCUGUGCAGGGCAAUGCGAAGGGUAACUUUCCAUCUGUUUCGCGCAGCGGCACAAUGAAGCAAUUUGCAUUCUGGGUUCCGCCCUUCAAGGGGGAAGUUGUUGCAACGCCCACUGUUGUGCGGAGCAAUCACAUCGGUACUAUGUCGUCAACACCGCCCCCAAUCCACACCGCAACAAAGCGUGUGGAGAUUUGGAACGCCCGCAACAAUGCCUCGGCUCACUCAACCCCCGCCAAUACUUGUGGUUCUUCUGCGACAAGAACAGAUUCAGUAACGCAUGUCCGGUGCAGGCGCGUAUACGUCAACGGACGUCCCAUGACUGUGUGGCCUAAGGAGGAUGAGCCCGCCACGGGAGGGUACGCUUGA